AUGUCUGAGUCCUGCCCCGGGUCGCCCCUCGAGUCUCCGUCCACCGCGUCCUCCUCGCCGUCCCCCCACCCCUCCUGCCCCGCUCCCUCCACCCGUCCGGCGGCGCAGGAGGCUCCUUCCUGCGGGGCGCGGCAGGAGUCGCCCUCUGGCCGCGGCCGUGCACAAGCAUCCUACACCAGAGCCACGUCCCAGUGCUCUGUGAACACAUCCCCAACGCUGACGGGCUCAGGCAGCGGCUCGCCCCAGGGCAGGCGGACAAAAUGUCACUCCAAGGACGGGAACCACAGCACAUCUCCAGUGCAAAGGACUCAAACCAUCACCAUCUCCGACGUCACCAACUCUCUGCGCGGGACGCUGGCCAACCAGGACGUCCCCAUCAUGCACACCGAGACCAAGACCAUCCUGUACGAGUCAGCGCAGUCGGCAGACACCAUGGGGAACGAGAGGGACUCCACCCUGCUGCUGAACGCCCAGACCAUCACCUCAGAGACCGUCAGCCGCACCACCACCACGCAGAUCACCAAGACCGUGAAAGGAGGCGUCUCAGAGACCCGUAUCGAGAAGAGGAUCGUGAUCACCGGGGACACAGAGAUCGAUCACGAUAAGGCCCUGGCCCAGGCCAUCAAGGAGGCCAAGGAGCAGCACCCGGACAUGUCCGUCACCAAGGUGGUGGUCCACCAGGAGACGGAGAUCAGCCCGGACUAGAGAGGCCCCGAGCAGGCCGGGGCCCUGGGAGCGGAGUCACAACCAUGUCCUGGAGCCCGGCUCUCCUGCCCCUAGCGUCUCCCUACUCCCCCCCCCCCACCCCCCCCCCCCCCGGUUUGACCCACCGCCCAGGACGCCCCCCCAGCCAGACCGCAGGCAGGACCCCCGCCCAGGCCCGGGAGCCAAGCAUUUUGACCUGCCAUUUGUUUUCUUUUCCUGGAGGUCCAUUGAAGAUGGAUGGUGUUCCACAACAUGGCUGCCUAGUAUUGCCCAGGAUUUCCCGCAACCCCCCUCUUCUCUUCUCACUGCCACUGAAUUGAUCAAAGUUCAGUAUUUGGGGGUUUUCUAACGAGAAAUGAAAGUACAACAUUUGUGAAUUAUUUCCUCUCCUAUUUGUCUGGAGAUUUUAAGAAAUUUUCAAAAGGGCAUUUUGGUCUUUUAGUCUUAUUUUUAUACUGCUUUUCUUACCACCAUAAUUGCUAAUCUGUAGCGCUGGGGUCAGUAUUUUUAUUACCUUCGAUCGUGUGAGGUGGGAAUGUGGGGAAUUUCUCUUCAGAUCUGUUGAACAUGUCAUCAAGAAGCAGUAGAUUCCUAAAAUCAUCACACUCCAAAAUAGUUUGGUGUCAUGUUGUACAGUAAAAGUAUAUUUUAUUGUCCCUCUUAAUAUUUUAUUGUCCCUCUCAAUGUGAAAAAAUAUUUUUCGAUAUAAAUGUGACUGACUUUAUCAGACCAAAAUGGUGGGCCGUUAAACAUGUCUCCUACUUUAAAGUUACGUCGUGAUAAUCUGCUAAAUUAUCGUUAUCAUCUUUUACUUAUUAUUUUUCAUAUUUAUUGAGUUAGGAUCCUCUCUCUAGAUUCAGACAUUAUCAAAAGAACAGGAGACGGCAGUGUUAUUUAUUUUCUCUAUUUAUUUUCCCUCUCUGACUUGUCUUUGUGUAUGUGUUUAACAUUUUAACGAUAGUGUUCUUGUAGCAGCGGAAUGUAGUUUCAUAGUUUUGUAUAAGGCUGAACACAACCCCAGCAGUAUUCGUUCUCAUUGGGCAGCGUUUUGUGCCGCAGUUAUAUUAGUUACAUAGUUGCAUUUCUACUUUUCUACCAAAGGGGGCAGUGUGUCCUCGUCCACAGAGGUUCGAACAAAUCAGAGGGAUUGCUUUCACGCUUCAACGGGCUAGGGAGUUUAUAUAGGAUGAAUGGAUUAUGGCAGAGUUGAUUCAUUCACAAUAAAACAUUCAAAAAAGUUGGUGGAAUGCCAUAGAAAACAAAAGAAAAAUAUAACAAUAUGGCAAAUCACUAACACUUGGUCCACGUUUUCCUUUGAGAAUCUCUAUGUAGGCCAACAAAACAUGUUCACAGUUACAAUAUGAUGAUUUUUGUAUGUGACAACAAAGUAAAUCAAUGCCUUUGUAUGAUUUUUUUAAAGUAAAUAUUGCUGAAUCUCCUGUGAAAGACACACUGUCCUGUAAAACAGUCCAUUACGGUCCACACAUGCAAUUUGUAAUGUUUAGUCUACUCCUAAAACAUGUAUUUUUGUUGUAAAUGUGUUCUUUGGUACAGAAACCUAAUGUGUCAUUGCUAACUUAUUGUGCUGUUUGCCAUAAUUGCGGGAUUUCCCUUUCACUUUAAUUUAAACUCACAGUAGUAAACUAGACAACUGAGGUUUAUAAGAGUUUUUUGUUAUUUCUUUCUAAAUGAAAAACACUGUUAAUGAAGCGUAAUUAAAGAACGCCAUGCACUGAAUAAACACGUGUAGAAACCUCA